GCCCAUCAGUGCCUGUAAGUCAUUUCGUCAUCUUGACGAAACGAUGCAGGCUCUGUUAGGUUAUGGUGGUGGAGAUUCCAGUGAUAGCCAGUCAUCCGAAAAAUCAUGGUCAGAAGAGACACAACUUCACCCAUAUGCAGAUUUGUUGCCUUCAACGGAUGGCGUUUUUCUUGUAUCGUCUGCUAACACAUUUCAAAGCAACAACAACACUACAUCAUACAGCUCUAAUUCAAAUUUCGAAAGUUCAAUAGACACCAGCCCAAAACCUCCAAGUAAUCAAAGGAAAUCAGAGACCAAUUUCUUCGGGCUGCUGUCUUGUGAUAGUGAUGAUGACGCGACAGAUGGACCUAGAAAUAAACACAGGAAGACUGAAAGUGAAAAUACAGAAAAUAUGGAAAACAAGGUUAGCAUCGACGGAGUGGAAAUAAAUCUUCCAGAUUCAGAGUUUUGGAUAAAUACUGCUGCUGAUUUGCAGUCAAAAGCUGAUAAUGGUUCUCCUGCAGUGAGUGGUGGUAUGGCCGGCGCUUUGUGUCAAGAAAUAAGGGACACCCAAUGUUUUAUCAAGUCCUCUGAGCAAUACAUCACAGCUAAUGAUUAUGAUAGAUGUCAUUUUUCUACGGAAUAUCAUCACUCUAAUGCUUAUGAAUUUUCAGCUGAGUACAAGCCCACUCAGAAUAACAUACAGAAUUAUUCUGAUAAACCGACAAUACCAGUGGAGAGGAGAAAAAUUUAUUAUGUCCACAGUAAAGUGGCUCCUCACUUGCAGUCAUACCGCAGCAGAGAAUGUAAACCUCCCAAAGGUGUGCAGGUGUCUCUACCUGGCCAUCAAGGUGUGGUUAAUAAGGUCAAGUGGUGUUGCCCUAAUUACAGCCAUCUUCUGCUGUCAGCUUCUAUGGAUACCCAUGUUAAGAUAUGGAACUGUUGGUCUCGGGUAGAUCCGUGUGUACAGACAAUCAGUCAGCACAACAAGGCUGUGAAAGAUGCAGAGUGGAACUCAGAUGGCAAGAAAGUACUCAGCUGUAGCUUUGAUAGGACAGCAGCAGUUAGCGAUGUGGAAACAGGUCAGUUAGAGAGGCGGUUUACAGCCCCUGGGUUUGUCACUUGUGGGAAGUUCCACCCUGUCUAUAGGGAUCUGAUUCUGGCUGGCUCUAACAACUGUGUGCUCUGCUGGGAUCUCAGACAGGCCUCUGGCCCUGUCAAAACUUUCACUCAUAAAGACAGAUUUGGCCAGGUACAGGAUGUAAUUGUUUCCAGAGAUGGCAGCCAGGUCUUUGGAAGCUGUGACCUCGUUAGCAAGGACUCUGCAGACAGAAAUAUCCUGGCCUGGGAUUUUAACUCCACUGUGGUCCUCUCCAACCAAAUCUUUCAGGAAAGGUACGUUUGCACUCGGCUGAAGCAACACCCUACUGAAGACACCUUCCUGGCACAAACCCAUGGCAACUACAUUGCUGUUUUCUCAAUCAACCGUCCAUACAAGUUAGAUAAAUACAGACGCUUUGAAGGACACAAGAUGUUGGGGUACAGUGUUGGUUUUGAUGUCAGCCCUGACGGGAGCUUGGUUUGCAGUGGCAGUGGUGAGGGAAGGUUUCACUUUUAUCAUUACCAGUCGGGCAAGAUGAUACGGACUAUUGACACAGGCUGGAAUAUCUGUAUGGAUGUGGCCUAUCACCCUGUGUUGUACAGUGCUGUGGCUGGAGCUAGUUGGACAGGAGAGUUAGGGGUGUGGCUUUGACCCAUAGGCUUGGUACACCUGUAUGGGCAUGGCCUAUCACCCUGUGUUGUACAGUGCUGUGGCUGGAACAAGUUGGACAGGAGAGUUGGGGGUGUGGCUGUGACUUAUAGGCUCAGUGCAUCUGUAUAGAUGUGGCCUUUCACCCUGUGCUGUACAACGCUAUGGCAGGAGCCAGUUGGACAGGAGAGUUGGGGGUGUGACUGUGAAUGAUAGGCUCAGUGCAUCUGUAUAGAUGUGGCCUAUCACCCUGUGCAGUACAGCACUAUGGCAGGAGCCAGUUGGACAGGAGAGUUGGGGGUGUGGCUGUGACCCAUAGGCUUGGUACACCUGUAUGGGCAUGGCCUAUCACCCUUUGUUGUACAGUGCUGUGGCUGGAACAAGUUGGACAGGAGAGUUGGGGGUGUGGUUGUGAAUGAUAGGCUCAUUGCAUCUUUAUGGAUGUGGCCUAUCACCCUGUGCAGUACAGCGCUAUGGCAGGAGCCAGUUGGACAGGAGAGUUGGGGGUGUGGCUGUGAAUGAUAGGCUAAGUGCAUCUGUAUGGAUGUGGCCUAUCAUCCUGUGCAGUACAGCGCUAUGGCUGGAGCCAGUUGUACAGGAGAGUUGGGGAUGUGGCUGUGAAUGAUAGGCUCAUUGCAUCUGUAUGGAUGUGGCCUAUCACCCUGUGCAGUACAGCGCUAUGGCAGGAGCCAGUUGUACAGGAGAGUUGGGGGUGUGGCUGUGAUUCAUAGGCUCAGUGCAAUUGUAUGGAUGUGGCCUAUCACCCUGUGCAGUACAGCGCUGUGACUGGAACCAGUUGUACAGGAGAGUUGGGGGUGUGGCUGUAACUGAUAAGGUCUGUACAUAUGCCUAUAUCACACAUUGAUCAGUUGUUCAAGGUGUGAUACAGGCAUAUGCAGUAUGACACCACUUGUGUCAGAUUGUAAUGCAGCACUAAGCACAGGUUGUAGGACACCACUAGAAAUGUCUAUCAUUGUGGGACACCAUUAGAUUCCUGCUGUAUGGCAGCACUUGACACCAGUUGUUUGAAUGAACAUGUACAUGAAGGCAUAGUUUAUUGAGUGGGUCUAGUAAGAGGAGCAAACGUUUUACCCAACAUGAAAUAUUUAAUUCAACAGUGAAUUUUAUUCUUGUGUGCCCUUUCUUUUAAAGACACCUGAAGAGGUUUUCUUUAUUUUUGUUGUUAUUAAUUUAUAGUUCACAUCUGUGACAGAUCUAAGCAACCUCUGUUUAUUCUUGCUCCUGUCCAGAGUUUAGAAAUUAAAGCAACAUAAGCUAGAUGAAGAACCUUCAAGAUAGGCUUGAAAUUUGUAAACGGAUUUGGAAACUUCGGAAUAAUUUUUAAGGCAUUCAAAGGAAAUCUGGUAGGAAAACUGCUGAGAUGUGCACUUUUGUUCACAACAUAAUGCAUCAAGUAAAAUGAUAUGUCAACCCAUUUGGCAGGCUUACAUCAUAACAAGCAUUUAUUUACUUGUUCUUUAUUUAUUAGGUUGGUGCUUCAUGCUAGAGUCAAGAAAAUUUUACUAGCAUAAUAUGAUACCAGUCAGGGCUAUAAGUGAAGAAACCCAUGGAAAACCAACACAUCUCACCGAAUACCUUACUGGUUUCAUACGAAAGGCUAUUUCUGUGAUACCAGGAGUUGGAAAUGGACUUGUGAUAGCAUUGGUCAAAAGCUUCUGAUAUUACAUGUACCUGAUAGGUGCUUAGUUACCUAGGAUCUUACAAGGGACUUUAAGCUGAAAUUCUUACAAACAUGAUAUCUUGACCCAAUCUGCGGGAGUUUUGAUUAUAUUGGACAUUUGACCAGGAGACUCUCACCAAUGCUGUCGCUGUGAGCUAAAGUCCAGCUCAUGCCAUCUUCCUCUCUGAUUGUACUUUCGCUGUGAGCUAAAGUCCAGCUCAUGCCAUCUUCCUCUCUGAUUGUACUAUCAGCAACCUGCGGAUCGUUUGUUGGUUUCCUCUGGGCUUUGCUCGGUUUCCUCCCACCACAAUGCUGGCAACUGUUGUACAAGUGAAAUAAUCUUGAGUACAGCUCAAAAGACCAAUCAAAUAAAUAAAUAAAUAUAUUGGCCUUUUACCUUAGUUGUAAAGACGCCAGACAGGUUUCUGUUUGCACGCCUGCAACAUGUUUAAGAAUAAUGAACUUCAGACUGUCUUUCUUACAAAGUUUUAAUGGAAUAGAAUCAAAUUGUGUACAUAUUCAACGACAAUGUUCAAAGAAGAUUUAAUUUCUUCUUCUUAACAAUCUAUAUAUUACUUUCUAAUGUAUCAAAAUGUUUUCGACAUUUGUAGUCUAGAACUGAGGAAAGCAGCACAGUGCUGUGACUAUGUUGUACAACCCAGCAGUAUCACAGAUUCAUGGAAUAACACCACAAUGUUCCAACAAUACAAUGUAUCUGUCUCACAAAACUGCAGAAAACAAACUGUAUAACCCCACAAUGUUCCAACAUUAGGAUGUCUCACAAAACUGUAGACAACUGACUGUUCUGUGGAAGCGACAAAACCACAAUGUUCCAUCAAGAUGAUUUCUCACAACAUUGUAGAAAACUGACUGUUCUGUAGUCAAACCAUAAUGUUUCCAUAUUAUAAUGUCUCACAAUACUGUAGACAAUCAAUUGUUUCAUAGUUACACCACAAUGUUCCAGUAUAAUGAGGUCUCACAAAAUUGUAACAGCCAACUGUUUUGUAGUACAUGUAACACCACAGUGUCCUAACAUUAUGGUGUCUCACCAUAUUUUAGACUAUUGACUGUUUUGUAGCAAAACACAUUCCAAUAAUAUGAUGUCUCACAAAAUUGUAGACAAUAGAAUGUUUAGUAAUAAAAACAACAUUUAAAUGUACAGUGUCUGCCCGAUACUGGUGCUCUUUAAGAUUAUGCCUGAAAGUAGUAACAAGAUAGAUAGAUCUUCCUUUGAUCUACAUUUAUGUACAUGUACGCCUGUACUUACAUCUCACAUAAUUGUUUGAAACACAAAAUACUGAUAUCAAUACAAAGUCUAAAGACAUAUUCAUCCUUAGAUGUGACAAAUACAAAUACACAAAACAGUAAGAAAUUAAUGAUACUUGGGAAGCCUUAUAAUAGAUGUACAGUAUGCUGAUUUGGCAUUAACAGUUUGGUUGGAAGCCCCAACAUUUACACACAUUCAGUAUAAACUUUAAAUUUGUUCUUGUUUUUUUAAAAUAAAAUGUUACCUUACACUGCGAACUCAAAUAGCAGUAGCACUAUGAUUUUCAUGGAUAAGAACGAAACCUCCAAGGUUAAUUGCAGUUUUUAUAUGUGUUAUGUUUGGUUGCUGAAAAAUUAUAGGCAUAACACAAGUAUGCAUACAAAGUGUUCUUCGCUCCCAAAAUAUUUAGAGUCGUAUCUUAUGUUUCAGAUUCUGAAAAGCAAUUAUCAUGUCUUUCCCUUUUGAAUCGUAUUUGUGGGACCCUACCAGUCCUUUAUCACUAUGCUGAAGUCCAUGUCAUUGGGGAUACCAGUAAACUUAAAGCUAUAAUUGUUCUAUAUGACUAGGUUAAUGUUUUAGAGAAGUAAAUAAUCCAGUUCAGAUUAAAUUAACUUUAUUCUCAAAAUUAAAUGCUAAAUAGGGCAUAGAUUCCUUUCGAAAAGCAUUUAUAUAAAAGAAGUUGAAGAAUCCAAAUCACUGACUGUGCUCAAGAUCUCUAAAUAUUGUGGAUUUCAUGUGAAGCACUGCAAAUUCCAAUACACACCAAAUGGUUGAAUUGAAUGUAUGUAUGUAUGCAGAUUUCCAACACCCCUUCUCAUGACAAAGUCACUUUUAAUUCCACUCCUGGUGAAAGCAACAGGAGACUCAAGGACAAGCUACACAGACGGUCCAAAUAACAGGAGAAUGCAUCGCUUUCUUCUGUGACGUUGCAGCCUGUGUGUACUUCAUAUAUAUACUGAUAACUGAUAUAAACCUGCUGAUGGUUGUGGGUUUCCCCCUGGGGCUCAGUCCGGUUCCCACCCACCAUAAUGCUGGCUGUGUCGUAUAAGUAAAAUAUUCUUGAGUAUGGCAUAAAACACCAAUCAAAUAAAAAAAAUGAACACACUGUGACGUAAUAAAGGAAAGAACAAAUAAGCUCACAGCUUUGGACUGUCUUGAUACAGGUGAAAAGGAGUUUUACGAGAUUCCUAUUGUGACAUCAUGAUGUCACAGAAAGACUGAACGUUUGUAACCAAUGUGUGGUUAUGCCAAUAAUGCUGCUUAUGAUUGGUCACCUGCGUGUUCCUGAUUGACAGUUCGGAAAGGUCUAUAUUCCAGAAGUGGAAUUAAACAAAUUGGCACACAUAUCCAUCUAACAAUUCAUCCAUGAAGAAUAUACAAACAUGUAUUACACAUGUCUACUCACACACCACCAUAUUUAAUGCCCAGAAUUACCGUUGUGGCGAAGUUUGUCAUCUUUUCAAAAUGAACGUGUAGUAAAAAUCUCUGGACAGCAUAUAUGUAUGCAUAACUUACAAACUGUGUCAAAUUGUAUUAAAAUAACAGAAAUGUAAAUGGGAGAUUCUACUAUGUAAAAAAUGAAACAAACCAUAUAUAUUAAUUCAAAAUGUGGAAGAGAGAAGACACAACAACCCAACUAAAAUCCACAUGCUGUUACAAUACAAAAAAAAAAAUUGAGGAAGUCCUUGUAAUUAACAGCAAGGUCCCAAAAUUUUGAAUAAACCAAAAGGUGCAGAUUUUUCUGCGAGUAUCCUAUAAUACAAACACACAGCCUACACCAUGUUCUACAGGCUUACUACGCUGUGCUUGUAUGAUGGGGACCAUCUAAAUAAUGGCGGAUAAACAUUUAAUAAACUUGCACAUUUAAUUGCCUAAUUCCUCAACCUUUUUGCAUGUGAAGAGCAAAUUUCAGUGCAUUUUAUGUACAUAUAAAAUUUGACUUUGUAAACCAAACUACAUUGAUUGGAUUGGUCAAUUCCAGGGCUUCACAAAAAGUUUUCAGUACACAGAAUAAUGUCUUCAGAAUAUGCUUGAAUAAACACCUUGCAAACAUGCAAAAAGGUUGAAGAAUUACAGAACUUCUAAAUAUUAUAAACCAAAAGGCCUAGCUGCAGAGUGUUUGCUAUAAACUAAGGGAGAUCAAAAAUAAACUGUUCAUAAUAAAAUAAUAAUGAACACAAAGUACCAUACAGGUAAAAACUGAUUACAGUAUUCCAAUAAAUGUGUCAUGACUUUUUCCACUUGGACCCAGUUGUUCAAAAGUGCAUUAGACUGGUAUUAAGAUUUAAAUCUGACUGAACUUUUAAUACACUUUGAACAACCAGUCCAUGUAAAACAUUUAGUAAAAGCACUGCUAAAGAGGCUUCUGGCUGCUUCUAACAUUACUGAGCUCAUGAGUUCUAAUCCAGCAACAGGCAGUGAUCACCUUGUUGCAGGCAUCAGGUAUGCAAUCCACCUCAUUAUGCUGGGUACUGGAGUACAACCACACCUGAAUGUAACUUUUUAUUUAUUUGAUCGAUGCUUUAGGCCACACUCGAGAA